AUGAGCGAAUCCGAGUCUACCUGGAGCGAAGAAGAGAUUCGAUACUUCCGAGCCUUGCUUGCUUGGGUAGCGAACGAUAAGGAGGAUGACGGCGAUUAUGAAGGAUUACCUCCACCGGAAAGACAUGUAGGACAAUUCAUGUUCCUCGUUCUAGGAGACAAGGGUUGUGGGAAGACAUCGCUUCUAGAAAAGUUCUGCUGUGGCACAUUUGCUGAAGAGGAUCGAUUAUCCAAACCCGACGAGCCAGAACGAGGUUACCGCCACACCAUAAGCAUUGAGGACCAAACUUACAUCCUUAAUGCUUUAGAACUUCCUUCUCGGCAUCUAUCCAGUGAGGAGCAGCUCACGCAAGCUAUACAGAUCACGGAGGCUGUUGUCCUAGUAUACAGCGUCAAAUCGAGGUCGUCUUUUACCCUCCUCCAAGAUGUCUACAACCAUAUCCGCGAUAUGGUCGGGGAGACACGGAUGUAUGGUCUCAUGCUCGUAGGAACCAACUCCGACUGCGAGGACGAGCAGCGGGAGGUUUCUUGGGCUGAGGGCCGUAAGCUCGCAGCAAGCUUUGGGCUGGGAUGUGCGUUCCUUGAGACCUCAGCCAAGACCGGCGAUAAUGUCAACAGGAUCUUUCCCCAGUUGGGGAGGGAGGUCCUCAAGCUGAAGUGGCUCAACCAUCAGAGGAAAGAAGAAGCAGAAAGACUUUCUAUCGACGCGAAGCAGCGCUCUAUUGAUAUUGCUUCUUUGAAGGGGGUAACAGGAUGGAGAUCGUGGACUCGACCUUGGUUUCAACGAAGAGCAGGAGAUCGUAAAGCGUCAAGUCCCUGUUAA